CCCAAUUCGGUAGUGGGCGCGGGAAAUAGAAGACAACAAUGUCCAUGUAAAUGUAUUGCAACUGUCUCUCCAUUGGUAUAAAAAUAAGGUAAACCUGCAACUCUUAGAUCUCCAAGCAUGAACAGAAAGCUCAACAUUCAUCAUUCGAAUUCCAGUCUCCUUUGUCUGGUCAAACACCACCAAAAUCGCCAGCAUGAAGAAAACCGUUCUCAUCACUGGCUGCUCAGAGGGUGGCAUGGGCGCCGCCCUCGCAGUGGCCUUUCAGGAAGCCGGCCUAUACGUCUACGCCACAGCUAGAGAUCCAUCGAAGAUGGCAAGCCUCGGACGUGCUGGUAUCGAGACCUUCACACUAGAUGUUCUGUCCGCCGAAUCAAUUGCCGCUUGCGUGACCAAGGUACCCAGUCUCGACAUUCUGGUCAACAAUGCUGGUGCUAGUUAUAGCAUGCCUGUUUCGGAUCUCUCCAUCAACCACGCCAAGAAGUUAUUUGAUAUUAACGUGUGGGCCCACCUCGUUGUCACCCAGGCAUUCCUCCCAUUAUUGCUCAAGUCCAAGGGCAUGAUCGUCAAUCAGACCUCCGUUGUGGGAGCAGCCGCCAUACCAUUUCAGUCUGCCUAUAAUGCAUCCAAAGCCGCUAUGUCCAUGUUUUCCGACUGUCAACGCCUGGAGCUCGAGCCUUUCGGUGUCAAAGUUAUUGACCUCAAGACCGGAGCUGUGGCUUCCAACCUGAUCAGGAACCAAAAGGCUCUGACUCCUCUGUCUCUACCAAAAGCCUCCAUCUACCAGCCAGCAAGAGAGGCUGUGGAGUCCGCCAUGCGCAAUGACAAGAUGGCCGAUGUAGGCACACCGGCGAACCAAUGGGCAAAGGAAGUCGUGGGAGAUCUGUUGAAGAAGAGCCCCCCGCUCGUCAUCUGGAGAGGGGCAAACGCGCGACUAGGACGGAUUGGAACCAUCAUGCCUCAUGGAAUGAUGGAUUCAACGAUAAAGAAGAUGACUGGGCUUGAUGUAGUUGAACAGAAGGUGCAAAAUUAGUGCUCGCAUUCCAUACUAGAGAGCCCUAGCCUAUAUAGUAAAUCGAGGUGGCAUAGGAAUCAUUCGGUUUAUCACAAAAGAAAUUAACUUUGUACUUGAACAUGCUCCCGUUAUUUAUUAUCAGUCAAGAGUACGUUGUCCAUAGCAUCUUAAAGAUAUGAAAGAAGGGUCAAUUCUU